CAAAGAAACACGCAAGCAUUCACCACCUCCGUCUCUUCCCUCUCUUGUAAGCAUGCGUGGAUUAAUGGCGACAUUUGGUCCACUGUCUAACAAAUGGAAACUCAUUCUCUAAGCGGUAUUCGAAGUAUAAUAAAGAUAAAGAUCAAUUAACUCGGUUUCUGUGUCCCAUUCCGGUUCUCCGUUAGUUUUCUCUUCAACCUUUACUUCACAUCGAAUCAACAAUUUCAAGCUAAUCCAUUUCCAAAUUCUCCUGUUUCGGAAACUAAUUGAAUCCGAGCUGCCUCGUAUCAGAAAAGCUGUCUGUGUUUACGCGGCCAGCCAGAGAAGGCGUCAUUGAUUACUAGUAUCUUGGCCCUGAUCAUCAUUCCAUUUAUAUACAUAUCUACCUAAGUCCACGCCUGCUCUCUCUCUUUUUCUCAUCAAAUUAUUUCAGUAUGAAGUUCUCAACUACUCUUUUGCCCCUUGCGGCAGUUUCUACUGCUUUCGUUAUUCCUGAUGAACAGAUUACCAAUCAGAUCAUCAUUGAAUCUCAGACAAGUUCAAAAACAUGGCUCGACAGAAUUUCAGAGACUAAAGACAAUGUUUUCUCCCAUGCCGAAAAAUCCUUUAAAGAUGCAGUUGCAUUCAGCGGGAAUGCUCUCGAUAAUGCCAUCGAUAGCCUUUCCGAGGCUGGUGAAAAAGCCCAAAAUGUCAUUGAAUGUCAUCACUCAAUGACAAAGUUUGAUAUAUCGGGCUGGUUAGACUCUGCCAUUUCUGCUGUCGAGGAUAUUGAUAUCUUUGACCACCCCCACGAGAAGCCUCCCCAUCACGUAAACCCGCACCACCCGAAGAAUCCACAUCAUGGUCAUGAAGAGCCUAAUAGGACUGUCUAUGAAUUAAUUGCCAGUAGCAAGUAUACUACCAAGCUUGCUAAGCUCAUCAACGAAUAUCCGGAUAUCGUUGAUGCUUUGAAUGGCACAAAGGCAAACUACACAGUAUUUGCACCGACUGAUAAAGCGUUUGAGAAGAUCCCAGAUCACCACAAGAAACCUUCAAAGGAAUUGAUCAAGGCUAUCCUUCAAUACCAUGUAUCUCCAGAUUUCUAUCCAGCUGGUCGUGUCCUCGUUUCGCACACUAUUCCAACUACAUUGGAUGAGAGUAGACUUGGGGAUGAGCCUCAACGUCUCCGUGUUGGUUUAGGUCUCAAGGGUUUAGCCGUCAACUUCUACAGCAGAGUAGUUGCUGUCAAUAUUGUACUACUCACUGUCUCUUCCUACUCAGAACAUAUUACUAACAUCCCAUAGUUCGGAACAAACGGAGUAAUUCACGGCGUCGAUUCACUUCUCCUCCCGCCUCCCCCCGCUCUUAAAAUCAUCGAGCUUCUCCCAGGCGAAUUCUCAACUCUUCAGCUCGGUCUCGAGAAAACAGGCCUCUUCGAUUCCAUUGCCUCAGCACCACAUACAGGAGGAACAUUAUUUGCACCAAGCAACUGGGCAUUCCAAAAGCUUGGCCCUAAAAUCAAUGCAUUCCUCUUCAGCAAAUACGGCGAAAAGUAUCUAAAAGCCCUUCUCAAAUACCACGUCGUUGCAAACCAAACUCUCUACUCGGAUGCUUUCUACAAAGCCAAGUCCGAUGAUAAGAGCCUCAACCUUGUUGAUGAAAUCGAUGCUGCGGAUAUCCCCAAGGGACAUUUCCACGUCGACCUCCCUACCUUGUUAGAAAACAAGAGUCUCAGCAUCGACAUUGGAAGAUUUGGUGGUUUGAUCACUAUCAAGAUUAAUGGAUUUAGUAGCGUUAGUGUUCAAGAUGGCAUUGCAAAGGAUGGCGUCAUUCAUGUUUUGAGCUCGGUUUUGAUCCCACCCAAGACUCCAGGUGGAGCAAUGUGGGCUGGAGAAGAAUUGGAAGUGGAGGAUCUAAUGGAGAGAUCAAUUCCUUAUAUGAAUGAGGAAUUGUAAGAUGUAAGAUCUUGGGAUAGAUAGUGUAUAAAUUCCGAAAUCCAUAGCUUUUGUCCAGUAUUCCUAUUUCACUAUGGUU